GACACUUUCUGUUGUUACCUGUGUGAGUUCCCUAACGAAGAGACACCUUCUGCAGUUACUUGUGUGAGUUCCUUUAGGAAGAGACACCUUCUGUUAUUACGUGUGUGUGUGUCCUAGCCAUGAGACAUCUCCAUGUGUUACUGAUUCUUCUGGGACUCUCUAGAUCCAGAAGCAAAGCUCAGGACGCAUGUGAGGAAGUUAAGGAGAGCCUAUGUAUUACAAGAGACGUUUUUACCAGCUGGGAUCGUGCUCGGGAUCACUGUAUAUAUCUUGGUGGAGAUCUGACCGUGCCCGGUCAGAACACGGGCGAUAUGCAGAACCAGCUGAAGGCCUCGGUGUGGGCCGGGGGCAGGGAAACCAGAGUGUGGAUUAGAGACAACUCUUCGUAUUAUUACGGCAUCUGGCAAGGAUGCGUGGACGACACGGAGAUGUUUGUUACAUUCCGACCGAGUGAAGAUCUAAGCGAAUGUCUACAGUCCUGUUCCAGAUUUCAUUUUGCCUAUGUCAAGACUUCCCUAUGUGGCUGCUUUAACGCAGAAUUUAAGCUCCGUAACGCUGGUUGCCUUGACCCUUAUCUCUGGGAGGCUUCUCUGAAAAAGGUCCCACUGACCAAUAUUCAUGUGUUCACCAUGGUGUCAGACAAAAACCGCCGGCAAAAAUGUGGUCAAAUUUCAUCACCGGACAAGGGUAAACGUGUCCGAAGAUCAGACAGGACAUGUGACGAACAGAGUAUAUCAUUAUGUCAGUUUGCCAAUAUCUCAUCCACACAAGAUGGCGUACAUUAUGGCCCAUCUGUCUUACUUACAACGAACAACUCUGGAACGUGGGAUUCUGGCCGUCAGAAUUGUAGCACGGAAGGAGGUAGUCUGGUCAAGCUGGACUGGGAAUCUCCUAUGAUGAGAACAGAGCUAAAUAAAGAGUUUGGAAGUAUUUCGAUGUGGAUUGGAUUACGCCCUGAAGCAUGGUACUUUAUUGACGGUAGCCCAGUAUUAUCGACAUGGCCUGACUUUAAGCCUGGGUCGGAUAAGUCUUGCCUAGUGUGGGGAGCGACCGGACUGGCCACUGUAGAAUGUGACGGGCACCUGUCAUUUCAUGCGUCCUGUACAUUAUUAAGGAGUGAGGGUCAGCCUGUUGGAGACACGUAUUCUGGUGUGUCUGUUGGUGUCGGUGUAGCUGUCGGCAUUUUAGCUGCCGUGGCUAUCGGUCUUGUGGUGGCUUGGUGGAUUCACAAGAAAAGAUCCAGUUCAGAUGAGCCUCCUGAACAGCGUAGUUAUGAUCAACUUGUCAAUGGCGGGGUUGAAUCCGUCUCAUCUCAUGAGCAAAAUGUUGCUGAGUCAUCAACACGCGGGAAGAUAAACGGUAAACUUCCUCAUGGCACCACAUGUUCGUCGACAAUACCUCCAGUGUACGAAAGCAUUGAUGAUAUCAGUACUUUGAAGGAUAACACCAUUACAACUACAACGAAAAAUGCAAAACCAAACCUGUCCGACAAUCCAAACGCCCAAAGUCCACCAGUUUCAAAAGAUGGUCAGGAGACUGCCUGUUUCGUGGUGAUCCCCGAAGAACAGCCCGCCGCCAAUUCUAAUAAAUCCACACUCUUGGGCUCCGGGCUCCCUAAUGAUUACACCAAAGUGGUCAUGCCGAAGGCGACGAAUACAUUGGGCAUUGACAACGAGGCUUGUACAAUGGAUCCUUCAGAUACACGUGAUUGUCGGGAAGGGGCUCCUGCUUCAUACUUCGUCUUGUCCCACGAUGAAGAAGCCGGUAUACAAUAUACACCACUGAACAUUCAAUCCGAUAAGAAUCAAAACCAAGUGGAUAUUCAAAAAGAGAUGAGUACCUUGAACGUGGACAACGAGGCGAGUAGCAUGGAUCAUCCAGAUUCAUGUGACGGCCAGCAAGAGACUCCUCAUUUAUAUUUGGUCUUGUCCUGCGAUGAAGUCACCACUGACAAUUUUGAUCAAUCUAAUCCACUGAGCACUCAAUCCGACAAAAAUCAAGACCACCUGGACCUUGCUAAGGCGACGAGUACUUUGGAAGCGAACAAUAAGGCAACCAGCAUGGGUCCUCCAGAUUCACCCGACGGUCAGGGAGAGGCCUUGUAUUUCGUCUUGUCCAGCGAUGAACAAACCGAUGACAAGUUUGAUCGAUCUAAUCCACUGAACACUCAAGACCAACUGGAUAUUCCCAAUGCGACGAGUGCUUUAGACGUGAACAACGAGGCUUCAUAUUUCGUCCUGUCCAGCGAUGAACAAACCGAUGACAAGUUUGAUCGAUCUAAUCCACUGAACACUCAAGACCAACUGGAUAUUCCCAGGGCGACGAGUGCUUUGGACGUGAACAACGAGGCUUCAUAUUUCGUCCUGUCCAGCGAUGAACAAACCGAUGACAAUUUUGAUCAAUCUACACGAGUGAGCACCCAAUCUGACAAAAAUCAAGACAAACUGGACAUUUCUAAGGCAAUGAGUGCAAUGAACGUGGACAACUAGGCCACUAGCAGGGGUCUUCCAGACUCACGUGGCGGUCACGAAGAGGCUGCUACUUCAUAUUUCGGCGAACUGUCCACUGCCAAUUCUGACUAGUGGCUUCAUAUUUCG